AUGGAGGAGGAGAAUCAAAGCGUAGACACGCAUCCAAUUGCCCAAUACGAAGCGAUCAAAACCCCCGGUGAACUCUUAAGCCUCCCUUCGCCGGAACGGCUGCACGAAAUAGCAGCAAAGCAAGAUGCGCGAGCACGAGAACGGGCAGAGAAACGGAAACAGUGGCGGGGUUCUCCAGAAGACGAACAGCGCAACACAGCCGCGAAGCUGAUCCAGAAGAACUACCGUGGCUACCGAGCACGGCGAGAGCUCGAAGGCUUCGGCUUGGAUCCAGGGACGAAAUGGGUGCAGUUGCUGAAAGAUGCCAAGUACCACAAUUCCACCGCUCCGCUGUCUCGCGAGCAUCGGUCUGGGAGUAGUGCUGGGUCGCCUUCGAAUGCGCGGAAUAGGUGGAAGAGGAUUGGGGCGAUUGCGCAGCGGGCUGGGAGCGAUGAUACUUCCGAGAGCGAUGUGGAGGUCGGGGAUGCGGAGGAUAGGAGGGCGCUGAAGGAGCGGAAGAGGGCGCAGAAGAGGGAGAGGGAGAAGUAUGCGAAGGUUAUGGGGUUGGAGUAUUUCUUGGAGAUGGUCGAUGUGAAGCAUAGGUAUGGUAGCAAUUUGAGACGGUACCAUGCAGAGUGGAAAAAGGCAGACACAAACGAGAACUUCUUCUACUGGCUGGAUUUCGGCGAGGGUUCGCAGCUCGAUCUUGAGGACCGACCAAGGUCACGGCUAGACAGGGAGCGAGUACGGUAUCUUUCUCGAGAGGAGAGGAAGCGGUAUCUCGUAUACGUCAAGGAUGGGCUUUUCUGCUGGAACAAGAACGGCGAUCCUGUCACCACAUCUCCAGAGUACAAGGACAGCAUAGAUGGCAUCGUGACCAUCGACGACACUACUCCGAGCUGGCGGGAAGUAACCACGGGCGUUGCUCCACCCCCUGAACCAGCUGGCUCCAGUUCGAGCUCGCUUUCCGACAUCAGCACUGGGUCGCAGGAAGAUGCGUCAAAAUACGUCAACACUGAAUUCCACGACGCCAAAGGCUUGUCCAAGGUCAACCACAUAACCGCGGAGUCGCUAAAAAACCACAUGCUGCGCAAGACAACCAAGAAGAAUACGUGGAUUUUCGUCGCCGACACCUCCUUCAGGCUAUACGUUGGCAUCAAGCAAUCAGGCGCUUUCCAGCACUCCUCGUUUCUUCGCGGCGCCCGCGUUGCAGCAGCAGGUCUGAUCAAGAUCAAACGCGGCCAACUGCGCAAACUCUCGCCUCUGAGCGGCCACUACGCUCCUCCUUUGAAGAACUUCGAGGAGUUCCUCAAGUCGCUCAAAGAGCAUGGCGCAGACCUCAGCCGAAUGAGCGUCUCACGCUCCUACGCCGUCCUGCUAGGGCUAGAAGGCUAUCUCGGAGCCAAGCGCCACGCCAAAACUGCUCAGCAGGGCGUGAAGGACGUCUUUGAUCCGGACGGGAAGCGAGAACGAGAGGAGGCUGCCAAGGACAAGAGCCAGAGUGCGGCGAAGGAGAGGGAGAUUUUGGAGGAGCAGGAGCAGGCGAGACGGCAGAGGAGUUUCAGUCAUCGGGUCAUGAGGAAGCUUCGGAUUGAGAGGGAGGGCAAGUGA